GGCGUAUGAGCAUGAGUGUAUACGUGUGUUUUUAAGAGCGAGCUGUCAGUGAAGCCUUGCUGUGCAGAUCGCCGGGUUAACGCUUGUGUUAACACCGUUCCUGGAGCUCUUUAAAAGAAGAGAAGAAGCUCUGACCGCCACAAGUCAGGUGAGAGGCAGAUUACAAGACCAUCUCAAUGGACCUGCUGCAGCUUUGCACCGUUCUGACCAGCUUAGCUUUGGCAGCUGCCUCCUCCUCUUUCACAAAUUCCCGUAAAGAGCAGCGAGACACCAGCUUGGAAAUCUAUAAGAGGUUGCUUGAAACAAAGCGCAAAGAUCAGCUAACUGCACUCAAGAACUUGGUGGAAUUGAAUGACGUUAACCAGCAAUACAAAAUUAUCGACAUCAUGCUGAAGGGGCUCUUUAAGGUCCUAGAAGACUCCCGAGCUGUUCUCAUUGCAGCAAACGUGCAUGCUGAUGAUCCCUUUCCACAGGAUGAAAAGCUUAAAGAAGCAUAUUCACACAUUGUUGAGAACACAGCAUUUUUUGGAGAUGUUGCCCUCCGUUUCCCCAAAAUCGUCCAUCAUUACUUUGACCGAAACUCCAACUGGAACCUCCUGAUACGAUGGGGACUUGGAUUUUGCAAUCAGACUGGAGUCUUCGAUGGAGGGCCUCAUGGGCAAGUCCUGUCACUGAUGGCUCAGGAGCUUGGUAUCAUUGAGAAGUCACCAGAUUUUACAAAUCCAUACCGAACAGAACGAGAUGAUGUCCUGCACACGGCUGAUGCCUUCCGGAAAGUUCUCAGGGAAGAGGAAAAGCGUAGACGGAAAGAAGAGAAAAGGAAAGAGAUUCGGAAAGGCCCGAGAAUCUCCCGUUCUCGUUCUGAGCUCUAGGGCCAUACAGGUGGACUGUUAGAUGAUGGGAAAGGGAAGGGAAGGAAAGGGAAGGGGCAAGAUCUUAGUUACCAAGCAGGCAGAUUGUCUGCUCCCACUCUGGAGAAUUUUUGCUUAACUCAGGUGAGUGGAAAUAAAUGGGGUGUGUUUUGUUUUUUUGUUUUAUCUUCAGUUGAAAACGUCUUGAGUACUUGAAUGGGCCUUGCACUCUCUUUAGCAGAUUUAAGGCCUGAAACAUUGAAUUGGAUAUUUUUUUAUUUAUGUUUAAGCAAAGAGUGGAAGUGAUUGGUAAGGAAAAUAAAUGCAGUACACGUGAUGACAUUUGCUGCUACUUCGGAUCUAAUUAUUUUUGAGUGCUGACCUCUAGACGAACGUCUUGUGUAUAAUAUUCUCAGCUGUUGGUGGGGCUUCUGGAACAGACAUAGUCAUGGACUCAAUUAAUGCCUAGGUGCAAUCCUCCAAGAUCCGAAUAUCACAGAGCGACAACAAUUUUGACAAAUUCUUCAUUUAUUGAGUUGGUAGGAAAUUAUUUUUCACUUACAGUGUUGAUUUUUACAUCACAGAAACUUUACAGCCUCACUGUGUAAAUCAGUAAAGUACAGUAUAUGGAAAAGGGAAAGACAGAAGGUUCUGUGAGGAUCAAACACCACUGGCCUCAAAGCCGGCAGCACCCCUGCUUUAAAAAGGAGGAUCUGUCUGAAAUACCUCAUCACAGAACAAUAUGUUCACGACUUCUACAUGCCUGGUGUGAAUCUGUGUGAGUGAACGCUGGCUGUGUCUUCAGAACUUGCUGUGCUCACAUUUGUAGGUGCUAAAUUAUUUUAUCUUAUUAGUGCAUUUUAAAGCAGUACCUGUGAAAACAAGAGGAAAGAAGAGUUUAAAAUAUCUGUAGAUAAAAUCAUAACAAGACUGCUUGUGAACGCUGUGUCACAUGCUGGAUGCCCUUGUUGGCGUGUAGUCCUUGAAAACCAUUUAGAAUUAUCAACUUUUUUCUUUUCU